AUGCGUUACCCUUUCCUUGCCUCCGCGGUUCUUCUCGGUAUAGUCAGCUCUUCCGCUGUGCCGUUCCUUGGGUAUGAUCGAAGAGUAGUGCGUGAUUACUUUGACAAACGAACUGACAAUGCAACGGCAUAUUCUUGCUUGACCGAGGCGGCUACUACAACAGUAGCACCAAAGAUCAAUCCAUGGGCUCCGUUGACACCAGAAGAGAACCUUGCUGUGUGGACUUUGCUCCACGCUCGAACCUCCGGGCUUAACCUUACUGAUCCUACUGAGGCUGUAUUAACGGACAACUACGUGUUCUGGAUAGAUGCAUUGCACACUAACAAGAGCGAGGUGCUGCCGUACAUAGACGGCUAUGCAGCAAUGCCUGCGAAAUAUGCGCGCGCUAUUAUCUUCGAAGGCGGAAAGACCGAGCCAGAUUCCCAGGAGUACAUGAUUGGCCCCCUCCCAGUAUCUGCGGGAACUACCAUUAGAAAGCUAGAUUACCUCUACAAUGGUGGUUCUGGUGGUUCUGUACCCUACAACGCCAGGUACUUUGAUGGCCCGCGAUCGACUGCUACCGAUCCGCUCGUCGCAUCCAUUAUGGCGAACAUUUCAGACAUAACAGCAGCGCUUUUCCAAGGAGGUGUAUACUUUGGGUCAGGUGAUGACAGGUCAAAUCUCUCGUUGACCUCCGGCACACCCCUCUCUUUCGAUGGUACUAGCGCAUUUCGUAACAUCAUGUUCCGUUUUCCUGGUCCAGCAACCUACAUGACACCGUUAGACUUCUUUCUUUUGAUCGAUUGCACCGGCACCGAUCCUUCUCUUUAUUCGCUGAAAGGAUUCGUCACGAACGAGAAGUUUUACUCUACUAUCGCAGAGUUGCGGGCUGCAUUCGAGGCAGGCGAGCUUGCUAUGGAAUACGACCAGACUCUUGACGCAAGUUGGGCUUUGGUCGAUUACAAGCCAGAGCUGGGUGUACGAGACCUAGAAGAGCGGCUGGCACCGAGCACUCUUGAGAUUGGUGGGAAGCGAUACAAGCUUGACAAGGAGAACCAGUAUGUUGAGUACAUGGGUUGGUCAUUCUACAUGUCAUUUUCAAGAACGCUUGGCAUCAUGUUCUACGACAUCAAGUUCAAGGGCGAACGCAUCCUCUAUGAGUUGUCGAUGCAAGAGGCUACUGCGCAAUACGGUGGUAACCAACCCAAGGCUGCUAAUACAGUAUACCACGACACCUAUUACCAACUCGGUACUGAGAUGGGCAGCUUAGUGGAAGGCUUCGACUGCCCGUGGGGAUCGACGUUCUGGAACAUUACAUACCCAUCUUACAACACAACGCGAGUCAACACCAACGCGAUCUGCAUCUUCGAAACCGACAUGAACUUUCCUCUCUCACGUCAUCGCACAGGUGCAUCCAACGACUACGGCUUUAGCAACCUAGGCAGCGUCAAGGGCGCCGGGUUGAUCGUUCGCGCGAUUGCUACUGUUGGCAACUAUGACUAUAUGUUCGACUAUUCCUUCCGCAUGGACGGCUCGCUUGAAGUCAUUGUGCGGGCAUCUGGGUACUUACAAUCUAGCUUCUAUUAUCCAGCGCAGGCAAAGUUUGGGCCGAGGAUCCAACAAGCUACCCAAGGCUCACUUCACGAUCACAUUGUGACAUACAAAGCGGACUUUGACAUAGUUGGGGCUGCUAACUCGCUUCAAGUCUCAGAACUAGUCGCCGUCAACCAAUCCCAGCCGUGGUUCCCCGAGCUUGGCGUGUUCGAACAGAUGGAGAUGAACAUCACAUACAUGACCGAAGAGCAACAGUUCAACUGGGCACCCAACAACCAGGCCAUGUAUGUCGUGUUAAACCCGAAUGCCACAAAUGCCUGGGGCGAGAAGCGCGGCUACCGUCUCGUACCCGGUCGUUCCGACAUUCACCUCUCGACCCUCAACUCCCCCUGGUCGCUCAAGAACUCCGAGUUCGCCAAGUCACAUCUCGCCGUUACACGUCAACACGACAACGAGCCUUUCGCCAACAGCGUCCAGAACAUUAACCUUCCCUUCACACCGCAGCAAGACUUCAGCAAGUUCUUUGACGGCGAAUCAGUUGAAGGCGAAGAUCUUGUCGUUUGGUUCAAUCUUGGUAUGCAUCACUAUACCAGGAGUGAAGAUGUCCCUGUGACCUUGUACACAGAGGCGUACUCAAGUAUCGUAUUUGCACCGCAAAACUUCUUUGACAGGGCACAGGAUGGCGAUCUGCUUAACCGUAGGUGGAUCGAGGUCGAUGAUGAUGGGAAUAUGACCUUCAAGGCAUAUGGCGUGGGGCUAGAUGUUUGCCCAGUAAUGCUGGAAGAGCCUACGGCACUGCUAGGUGGCGUUGGCGAUUUGUAA